UCUGCUUUGGUUCAGCGCUAUUCAUUCGAAAUUAGGUAAUUUGUGAACAUCUUUCUUCUACUUUUCAUUAGAGUAGUGAGAAUGUCUUCUGAAGAGACGGUUAGUGAUGAAAGGAUCAGGGGAAGGGUUAAGGAGGGAGAGGUGGAAGAUUUAGGGGUGCCCCAAAAUAUUUUGGAGAAAGAAAAUGAAAGGGAUGAGUGUUUCAACCCUGAGGAGGAGAUUGUUUCCGAGAUUAUUAGUAAGGCCGGUAAAGAGGAGAAAGAGGGCUUGUUCGGCCCGGGGGGACCACUGGAUGCCCAUGUAUUCCCAUUACAUGACGGUUGGAUUGCGGUUCCCCAUUCCAAAGUUGCUGGUGUGAGUGUUGAUGAAGUAUGGUUUGGGGUUGACUCAACUCACCCCAAACGUUGUACGACUGGUGAUAGCCUUUGCGGCCAGGUAGUUAAUAGGAAAAAGAGGGGUUUGUUCAGUGUCAGGCCGUGUUCCAUCAAAGGAUGGACAGAUAAGUUCUUUUUUGUGGAUGAUAGUGAGUGGGACAAGACAGAUGCUGAAGUGGAGGACCUGAAUUGGGGGGAUGAAGGCAUACUGGAUAUUAUGGAGUUCACAAGUCAAAGGAUGUUAGAUGCAGCUAAGAUCUAUGGGCCAAAUUCGCGGAGCGGAGAAGAGAUGAACAAGUUCUUGGAGGCAGCCGACGGUGUUGGCAUCCCUAAGAAGGGGAGGAGGAAGAGGGCUGAGGUUGGGAGGCAAGGUGAAGUGAGCUCGGCAACUCAGUUCGAGGCUCAAGCCUUAGCCGUUUCUCAACCCAGCAAUGUGGGGGCUGAGGUGACAGUGGCUAAGAGGGAGGGGCUUGUUGCUGCUCGACCCUCAGCUAUGGCUACUGAUAUCGCAACUAGACUCCGAGAGCAAGGGUAUAUCCGCUUGCAGACGACAAGCUUCUAUGAAUCUGGGAUGAAAAGCACAGCGAAAAGGUUUAUCAACGCCUACUUCUCGGAGGUGGAUCGCCAACGUGCAAGAGAUGUGGUGGCUACUAGAGGGUUAGUGAGGUGGUGUGUCAAGCCCUUGAGGUAUGAGAUUCCUACUUCGCUUGAAGCUGUGAAUCUUAUGAAUGUGUUGGCGAAUGAGCAUCACAAGAGCCUGAGGGAUAAGACUCAGUUAAGGAAGGAGAAUGCCAAGCUCGUUAAGAAAAAUGAAGACGCCGAGCUUGAGGUGGCCAAAUUGAGGUCCAAGAUAGAGAAGCUUAAAAAGGAGAAUGCCACCUUGAAGAGAGACUCAGAGCUCUCGUAUGAAAAAUGGAAAAUUUGUGAAGACGAGCUCAAGAAGGAAAAAGAGUUGGACAAGGUAAGGAAGGCAACAGCUGAGCUGAAGCUCAAAGUCCACAACUCCAUUGAAGAGCACGUGGCAAAGUUCUUGAGGUCUAGUACUUUUGACAACAUUGUUAAUCUCUACCAGCUCCCAACUGCAAUUGUAGCCUUUUCCGACUAUCGCAGGGGUCGAACCAUUUUCCCUCCGAACUUCAGUUUUGAGUUCAUGCCGGUGGCUGACGAAAGGAGCGGAGGUGCUGACAAGCUAGAUCAGCUUGCUGAAUGGCUCCUUACUUCGUCCAUCUUUGUAAAAAUGAUUUACUUGUAAACAAUUCAAUUUUUAGUUAAUAAAUUCAAUUUUUGGUA